AUGUACGUGGUGCUCGUGCUGCUGAUUGUGCUCUACAUCGCCUUCAAGAACUCAGAGCGCAUCGCCCGGUGGCUCAAGAAUGUCCUCUUCGCUGGAGAGGUGGCAAAUGUGCCGGCAGUGACGGUUGGCGGAACGACUUCAGCGGGCAGCGCGCCAGCAACCAAAGGCAGCAGAGCUGGCGGUUCGCCCUCGGUCGCGCGCGUGGCAACAGUGCCUGCGGGUGGUGUCGCCGCCAAGGGCUUUCCCAAGAGCGCCGAGGAGCGACAGCAGCUCCUGCAGCUUCGCAAGCAGCAGAUGGUCGAAGAGGCCAGGAGGAAGUACCUGGAGAAGCUGACCGGGCCAUCCGCGCCUGCCGCAGCUGCUUCAUCGUCUUCUUCAUCUUCUUCUGCCGCAGUUGAGGCCCCAGUCGAGGCCGAAGCGCCAGCCGAGACGCUGAUCGAAUCCGACGCUGCCGACGUGUCGAACGAAGUCAGGCGGCGGAGGGCUCUCGAGGCGGUCGAGAAGAGGCUGCGGACCUCGGCCGAGUGA